UGGAACACAAAUUAGGAGACACAAAUCAACUCACAGGGCAUUGAGAAACACAGGCAGAAAGUCAAACGAAGAGAAACUUCUUCAGAUAAUGAGCUGUAUUCUCCAAACAGCUUUUUAGUCACUGUCCCAAAAAAUUUAUUUUACUACUUCUUAAGGAAUUCAAAGAGUAGUUCCUUUUUUUCCUUUUUUUUUGUUUUUGAAGAUAACAUUGAUAAUGAAACUGAGUGUGGGGAUAUUUUUUGGAGGUUUCUUUGCAGCUCUGGGGGUUUUGCUUUUUUUGGUGGCAUUUGGAACUGAUUAUUGGCUUCUGGCUACAGAAAUAGGAAGGUGUUCAAAAGCACCUGAAGAUGCUGGGGGAGAGAAGGCCACUUUCCAUCAUGAAGGUUUCUUCUGGAGGUGCUGGUUUAGUGGAAAUGUAAGAGAGAACAAUGCCAGCAUGUGGAAUUUCUGGUAUACUAACCAGUCACCUUCUAAGAAUUGUACACAUGCUUACCUGUCACCAUUUCCUCUUAUCCGAGAUGAACACAAUUCAACCUCCUAUGACUCUGCAAUUGUUUAUCGAGGUUUCUGGACAGUUCUUAUGCUCCUGGGAGUGCUCACUAUUGUAAUGGCUAGUUUCUUCAUCAUCUGUGCAGCUCCUUUUGCCAGCCACAUUCUGUACAAAGCAGGAGGAGGCUUUUUCAUCAUUGCUGGCGUCUUGUUCUCACUGGUAGUCGUGAUGUACGUCAUCUGGGUCCAGGCGAUGGCUGAUCUGGAAAACUACACAAACAUGAAAAAAAUGGAUUGCCCAGACUUUGCUGUUUAUUGUGAUUUCCAAGCAGUGAAGACUAGAUAAAGUAUGUUCACAUGAAAUUCUGCUGUGAUGUGGACUGAUGCUGCUGAAGUUGGUGGAGAUACCGAAAUUGAAAACAGAAGUUGGUCAUCUAUAAUCAAAAGUGACAGAAGGGAUGAAGAAACACAAGUAUUUACAGUGCCACUUUUCCAUCCAUGUCUUUUACUCACAUUAUGAGUUUAAAAAGUGGUCUAUCUGUCCAGUCCACAACAUGGCUCAUCUACCCAGGAGACACGUUGACAACAGGGAUCAGGAGAGCCAUUGGACAUGCCGGUAAGAAGGAACAGAGGGCUGGCAGCAUCUCCCAGUUAAGACACCUCCAAAUUCUGCACCUGGUUUUUCCCUACAUCCCAAAGAGCCCAGAGGUGCCUCACGGAGUGCUGCAAGGUUCUACAUUUUGCUGUGAGGAGAAGGGGAGGGCCUGGACCAGAAGUCACCCCGUGUCAUUUGCUGUAGAUCUGUUCCUUAUCUGUUCCUAAAAACUGCCAAGGAUGCAUUUAGUACAAACCAGGGGCAGCCCCUACACACAGAAGGUGCCGUUCACACUGGGAGGCAGCCACUCUGAACUGGGUUGCAGCAAGGGGACGGUCUCAUUGGUAGUACUUCACAUUUGGCACACCGCUCCCCCCCACCUCGCACCUGGGUACCCAAGGAGAUGUUCUCUGAAAUGACCUGCACAUGAUUCAGGUCUUAAACAGUUUAAGAAAAAGACCUUAAAUGAAUGCAUCUUUAAGAUGGAAACACAUUUAAACCAGAAAGAAACUCAGAAAGAUAAUGAAAAACGUUCCCCCCCUCCUUUUCUAUACCACAUCAGAUUGACUUAUCCUCUGUUAUGUGGCUUUACUUUGAAACAGAUCACUCUCAUUGCAACACGUUUAAUGCUGCCAGCCACCACAUGGUUAUUUGGCAGCUAUUUAAAGCUCGGAUCAUAUUACUCUGUCGCAGCGCUAGGCACCCGUGUUCCAACUGGUAUACAACUGAUCUAAAGA